GACAGAAAGUAAUUUGUUCUUUUAUUUUGGGUCCCAUAAUACAUUACUUAGCAUUAAUUUAAUCAACAAAAUGGUACAGUUCUGUCAUACAACCUUCUUCUUUCUUUCUUUUUGUCAACACCACUGCCAUGAGAACAAUAAAAAUAGUGUGCCUGUAAUUUGAGGGCUCUAAUAUUCUUCAAAGCAUGACUAAAUUUUCUACCUUCAACACCACUUCCUAUCUAUAGAAUCCAGAGCAAAGUCCCACACCUACAGAAGCUCAGCAAAUAUUCAUUGAGUUACAAUUCAUUCAUUGUAUUGAGUUAACUUGAACUCAGGAUUCCAUCCUAUGGUUUGUAAGCCAAAAGUUGUUCUUAGUGACAUGCUCAGUAAUACAUGCUGUGUUUUGAAACUGGAAAAUAUUCCUUUUCCUCAAAUCCGUAGACAGUCAUCUUAAACUCAAGGACUCCUGCUCAUUGAUAAUGAGUCCGGUAUACAGAUGCAUAAAAUUGAGGGAAAGAUCGAUAUGUGUCUCCAGAAAUAUUUGCUUUAUUACGAGAUGAGCAGUGAGUCAAGAAGUGCCUAUUUAAUUUUUCCUUCGAGAAUUGCAUUAUUAUUCCUAUUUGCCCCAGUGCUCAUUUUCACCCUGUUCAGCAGGAAUUUAGCAGGAAGAGUUUACGGUUGAAAAACUAUUCAUAUAAGUUCCUCCAGAGGCUGAAUCCUCUCAACACAAUGCCUUGGAAUCACUCUGGUCUUCCUUUCUAAAUUAAACAUCUCAGUCAACAACAAAUGCGGCAAGUACAAAAUGUUUCCGUAUUCCUCCUUCCACACCAAAAUUACCUCCUGCAGGAAGGAGAGAACGCGUGUCAGCGUGAAUUACCGUCUGCAGCAGCUACUCUCGGGCGGCUCUGGGGUCUCGCACACAAAGGGUGAGCGAGGGGCGUGGGGAGGCUGGGAGGCAUCGCCGCCCGCCCCGCAGCCUGCCUGGGGUGAGGACGAGAAGCAGGCUAAACUUGGGACCCGGGAUAUCUCUAUGCCAUCAAAAUUGCCAUCCUACCCCAGCGAGGCAGGGAGAUAGGAGCGGGGUGCGUGCGCGAGCUGAGUGAGUGCUUACGUCGCAGCGAGAUCUGUGCUGGGAUAAUUAGAGAGGAGUUGGGCUGAGCCGAGUCCUCUUUUAGCAGCGGCAGCCGGAGCCUCAGCAGCAGCCCGGCGGGGCGCCCCUGGCUCGCGCGGCUCGGGAGCGCACGGGGACAGGCCGGCGCCGCGCAGCAGCCGCCCCGCCGCGCCCACCGCCCAGGCGGCCCCGGGCGUACAAAGGCGGCGGCCGCCGGGUCGGCCUCGUCCAGCCAGGCAUUCGGGUCCCGCUCCCUCCCUGGUCUCCCGAAGGCGAAGAUGGCUGGGCCAGGCGAGGACCUGGGACAGCGGUGGCCCUAGCUCUGCGGUCCCCGCCCCUCCCGCGGGGAGAGACGGCGCGCCGCCGGCGGACGAUGUGGCCGCGGCCGCUCCCCAGUGCGUCUUCGGCCCGGGUCCCCGCUGCCGCGCCUCCGCUCUGCUCCUUCCAUCCCGCCCAGAGGAGUUGAUGCUGCCGCCGCCGCCGCCGCCGAAGCCGCGGCUGAUGGAUGCCAGGGAGUGCCGCAUUGCUUAGCGUCCCCGCCUCCGGGUUUGCUGACGCUCCCUCCCCGCCCUGGAGCUCAGCGCUGAAGAGCCACCUUAUUAUUAAUCAGAAUUUCCAGCGUGAUCCUUGGCAGGCGCAUCCUUCAGUAGAGACCGCAGAAGCAUCCCAGUGCUGGGGCUGAGAUGUGCGUGGGGGUUGUUUUUGUUACAUCUUGCAAGAGAAGAGAAGAGGACAGUACCAAGAUCAGAACCACCAGUGGUAGGUGGAAUUAGGGGUGUUUUGUUAGGAGAGAGAAAGGACAAGAGGAGGAGUGCAGAGCCCGCCAGAGGUCCACAUCUCUUUACAGGAAAGGGAAUAGGGAACCAAAGUGGAGCGUCUUGUUUUAGCCGGUGGGGGAGGAAGUUUAUAUCCCCCACAGUAGUAAAGCUGUGGGAAAUCAGGAGCAACAGGGUACUUGAUUGGACACCAAGACAAAUCAUUUCCUGUAAGGGAGAGGAAGCAGGCAGCUGCCAGGUCUGGGGGCCAGAGUGUGGUGGUGGCAAGGGCCAGGUCUGUUGUGGAACAGUCAACAAGCGCUUCACAAGGAAAGACUCGGAAACAAGCAGAACAAUGACUCAUUUGCAAGCUGGUCUCUCUCCUGAGACCCUGGAGAAGGCUCGCCUGGAGCUCAAUGAGAACCCAGACACACUGCACCAGGACAUUCAGGAGGUGAGGGACAUGGUCAUCACCAGGCCGGACAUUGGCUUUCUGCGCACGGAUGAUGCCUUCAUCUUACGCUUCUUGCGGGCCAGGAAGUUUCAUCACUUUGAGGCCUUCCGCCUCCUGGCACAGUACUUUGAGUAUCGGCAGCAGAAUCUGGACAUGUUCAAAAGCUUCAAGGCCACUGACCCUGGCAUCAAGCAGGCACUGAAGGAUGGCUUCCCUGGGGGCCUGGCCAACCUGGACCACUAUGGCAGGAAGAUUCUAGUCCUUUUUGCUGCCAACUGGGAUCAGAGCAGGUACACGCUGGUGGAUAUUUUGCGUGCCAUCUUGCUUUCGUUAGAAGCUAUGAUUGAAGAUCCUGAGCUUCAGGUGAAUGGGUUUGUUUUGAUCAUAGACUGGAGUAACUUCACCUUCAAGCAAGCCUCUAAACUUACACCAAGCAUGCUGCGAUUAGCUAUUGAAGGCCUGCAGGAUAGCUUCCCAGCACGAUUUGGAGGAAUUCAUUUUGUUAAUCAGCCGUGGUAUAUCCAUGCCCUGUACACCGUGAUCCGACCUUUCCUUAAGGAGAAGACUCGGAAAAGGAUAUUUUUGCAUGGUAACAACCUGAACAGUCUUCACCAACUAAUUCAUCCUGAGAUUCUGCCCUCUGAGUUUGGAGGAAUGCUGCCCCCUUAUGACAUGGGAACAUGGGCAAGAACACUGCUAGACCAUGAGUAUGAUGAUGACAGUGAGUACAAUGUGGACUCCUACAGCAUGCCUGUAAAGGAAGUAGAAAAGGAACUCUCCCCGAAGUCCAUGAAGAGAUCCCAAUCAGUAGUGGAUCCUACAGUACUAAAACGCAUGGAUAAAAACGAGGAAGAAAACAUGCAACCUUUGCUUUCUCUGGACUAAUUUCUCUACACCCCUUCAUGGAUUAGAAAUGGAAGGUACUGGUUUUCAGCAACAGGGACAGCACUGUGGAGGAAUUAUCAGCUGGAAACCUAUUUAUUCAUGUUAAUGUAGCAUAAUAUAUAAUAAGGCAUCAGGCUUUCCCAUUUGCCUGAACCAUGGGUGCCCUGGGCUGGAUUAAAAAAAGUCAAUAAUUUAUUCUGUAAGUGCCAAGUUCUUUGUAAAUAUAAUGUAAUCUUCAUGUCGAGUUUGUAAAUUUUGGUAGUAAUUUAAUUUGGAAAGGAUUGGCUCAAAAGUCUAUACCAGUGUUAUGAACUCUAACAAAAAGCAGAAAAGACAAACAAUCAAAGCUAAUUAAAUGUAGCCCUGUUUCCUAUGAAGCCAUAUUUCAGCUAUCAUAGUGAUUGUUUCAUUGUUUUUCUCUGAAACUGUGUCAGUAUUCAAACAUACUUUUAAUGGGCACAGGGAACUAAAUGAUUCUAGGAAAUUAUUACAGUUAAUGUAUCCUGUCUAGUGAUUUUCAUUUCAAAGAGAAUGUGUCUUAGUGACUUUAACUGGCCUUGGAUUUUGGAGACAAGGAAUGGCAGAUGAGCUGGUAAAACAAACACUUAAUUGAACUCUUCGAUGUUGUUUAAUUCUUGGAAUCUCAUGAAAAGAUGUGUUUCCCCAAUUAAGAUAUAGAAAGAGAGCGGAUUCUUUUUAAACUGCUGUCUUCACAAUGCACUCUUUAUUCAAGACCCCACUGUGCCCUCUGUCUGAUGUGCUCUAAGAACAUUUUCCCUCAAAAUGCUUUGACCAAGAGAAUGAAAACUUAUAUGUGAGUAGUCUUUUAACAGCUGAUUUUGAACAUAAAUUUUUGUCACUUACAGAUAAGAGGAUAAUUUCUAAUUAUUGUGCACCUGUUGGAAAAAAAUAUAUAUAUUCACAUGCACCAUAUAUAUUUUUUCUAAGCUCUAAUAAAUCCUUGAUGUGACAGGCUUAUAAAAUAAAUCAAAUGUAUUAAAUGAUUUUAGAGAUGUUAUACAUGAGAUACUCAUUCUGGACAACUUCACUAAAGUUAAUGAAAAUGAGAAAUAGUGAAACAAACUUUCAAUAUACCUAUUUAAGGGAAUUCAAUUUAAUUUAUAAUGCAAUCUUGAAUAUGUCAUUUUAUUUAAGCUAUAUUUUUUCUUCAAAGAAACAACAGGUCUCAACAUAAUGUAGGUGGUAUUCGGUGACAAAGAGUGAAAUAUUUUUUUCUCAAAUUCAAGUUAAUUGUCCUAAUGAUCCUAUAUAUGUAUACAAUUUCUUUUCAUAAAACAUUAAAAGAAUGCAUUAUAUCCGGGAGAUAUAAUGAAAUCUCCUGAAGGCAUGAAAGAUAGUAUGCAGUUUAUAUCUAGAUUUAGAAUUCAUAUAUUAUUUAAAGUUUUAUUUCAUAAAAAUUCUACAAUUACAGCAAAUUUUAAUGAUCUUAUUUUAAAUUUCAAACUUUAACAUAAGAAAGCAAUAUUUUUAUCACCUUUCAGCAUGAUAAAUCUUGAGACUGAGAAUUUACCAUUAAAAUAUUCUUUUGAAAAAAACGUAUCUCCAAGAACACUUGGAAACCCACAGAAAUAAAGGCAUAUGGCAGCCUUUACAUUUUUUAGCCAAAAGCUCCAAAAAUUCCAGUUAUAAUUCUACAGCCAAAAAUCUUAAAAGCAAGAUCAGUUCACCAAUCUGCAGUAUACCAAUGUACUAUCUAAUGUGUGUAAAAAUACAUUAAUUAGCGUGAGUGGAAGAUACCUUAAGAGUGCCAACCUCCAGUCACGUGCUCCAGAAGAGUGGCUAUCAAAUAAUUAUUACAAAGAUUGGAAGGAAUUGGAGAGAAAAAAACCACAGCAACUCUCAUCUUUGCAAGAAUCCUAACCAUAUCCCUGGGCUUUAUAGACAAUAUAAAUUAGUCUUAAACAGUCUGAGCCAUCGGAAUAAAAUAGAAACAAUGUAAGUAGAGAAGAGCAGUCAACUUUCCAUCCUCAUGAGUUUCUCUUGAUGUGCACCAUUUAUUGCCAGUUUUAAGAAUUCUUCCAGCAUAGCCAGCUUCUUUCUAUUAUCAUAAAGUUAGUGUCAUAUAUAAAAAUAACUAGAAUGGCAUAUUUCAUAUGUAUGCCUGUCUAAUUAUAAGUAUCAUUUACACUGUCUUCCAGCCCCACAUUUGGAAACUUUGCAUUGCAUUGCUUCUCGUCUUCAAAUGAGCAAUUGAGAGUUGGCUAGAUUGUGUAAAAUAUAUAAAAAUGAAUGAACAAAUUACAAGGAUGUUGCCUUUUGAAAUUGCUAUAUCUAGUUCAGUCUGUGAAUAAACUCAUUUUCUAGUAAUGUUUGUAAAGCUGCUUAGACAAGGGAUAUUCGUUCAACUUUAUAAAUUUUCCCCUCAGCACUAGCUAGCUAGCACUGUUUAGGAAUUUUUCCUCUCAUAUGAUAUACUCUGUGUCACAUAGCUAAAUGUGUUAUUGCAUAACCUACUAAAUGAGCACCCUUAUAUUCCUUAUUUUAAUUGCAAUAGUACACCUUAACUCACACACACUUAGACACACACACAUACACACACACACACACACACACACACACACACUAGACUAUUUGCCCUAAUGAAUUUGCCUGUCUACUUUGAGAGCUGUGCUUUUUUUUUUCUAGUUGUCUUGUCACUUGAAAUUUUGUGGACUUCAGAGAAUUACCACAUUUGACUUGGAAUAAGCCAGUAGUCCAUUAACUUCUCUCAGCCUGCCUACUCUACCUUCUAUUUAUGAAAUCUUUUCUUUUUUCCAGUUGUUCAGGAGCAGCUGCUUCCAAAGCUGGCUUAAAAAUAAAUAAUUUCUCUUAUUAUGUUGUCAGUGAUGUUGGCACACAUUUUUGACUGCUAUAUAAAAAGGAAGAGAUCAUCGGGAAAAUAUACUCUAAGAAAUAUGAAGAAGUGCCUCUUUAAAAAUAGAAUAAAGUAGUAAUAAUACUGGCAUAUGGAUUUUAUUUGUACUGUCUUCUAGUAAGUAAGUACAUGCAUCUAUCUUAUAAGAGUGAAAUUUAGAUAUCAUUUGAAGAAGCAUAUUAGAGGCCUUGCUUUGAGUAUUUUCAUACAAUACUAAGUCUCUGUGUAAGUUAAAUUCAGUAACUUUAAUACAUGUUAAUAACAAACCUGGCACUAUGCUAAAACAAUAUUCAAGUAUUAAGUGGAGUUUUGCAAGCAAGUUUUUAAAGUGGGCAUGCAUGAUUUCUUUCAUUUCAGUAAUAGUUUGCAUAAGUGUAGAGAGAGUCAUUCAUUAAGUCUUUUCAUGUAAAAUGCUUAUUUACUUUAUAAAUAAGUAUUUACCAAAAAUUCAUACAUUCAUAAGCAGGAAAGCCAAGCAUCUAGGUUCUUUUAAUAUUGUUAACUAGGUCACAUUGUUAAAUUAAACAUUUGAAGUUUCUGUAAUAUUCCUGAGGGAAUAGAAGUCCUUCUUUUGCAUCAAGAAAAUGAAGAGUGGUUUUAGACAUUGAAGAGCAUUGUUUAUGACCUCACAAAAGUAAACCUUCAGAGCCAUGGAGUAUUUCUUCAGGGACAAGCUUUCUUUGUUUCUACAAACAACCUAAAGGUUUAUGGACAUGUCUGUGGUCCUUUAAAGAAGUUUUAUUAAGAAAACUUGCUGAGUGGCUGUAUACUCUUCUGUUGUUUUAUUUAAAGGUCUACCUUCUUUGGUUGGUUAAUAAUAUCUCUUCGCUUCUUUUUUUGUUGUGUGUGUGUGUGUGUAUACUUAUUAAUGAUUACUUGAAAAGUUGCCAUCAGCCAUGAGGAUAUUUCAGAGAGAUUUUCAACAUAAAAAGAAAAUGAGCAGAGCUCUGGCAUGGUAUUUGAACUUUCAGAUAAAGUAUUUACAUUUUUUACAUCAAUAAGCUCAUAGGCAUAUAUUUCAUUUUAGAUCUGCUAUGUAGAUACAUAGUCUAAAACAUGGUAGUGCUUUUUAAAUUCGUGAGGCCAUUAGAUCCUACAAGAACAGGCAGAUUAUAUACAAAUGUUUUGGAACAAAAGAAGAUUGGUUAAAUAUCCAUUGUGUGUAAUUAUCUUCAGUAAUGAAAACGAUUUUUAUUUGUGGUUUUCAGUUUUACUUGACAAAACAGCUUCCCAUAUGCUACUAGAACUAUUUGGCAGUAUUAACUACUUGAAGGAAGCAAAUAAGUAAAAAUACAAAAGAGGCUUGACUUUGUAACAGUAUUAUAUCCUGAUUUUGAUGACUUAGAGAAUAUAAUAUUUUUUCAUGAAUUCGGGUUUUUAUUUUAUAAAUACCUGGAGAGUAAACCCACACAUGAAAAUAGUGCCAUGAAAUCUAUUAUGUACUAAAUAUGGGAAUGAAUUCUCCUGGACUGUAGGGAAAAAUAUAAAAUAGCAAUUCUGUGGAUUGAAACACUCAAAUUGGACUUUUUGUUCCCAAAGGAGGAGGAGUGCAAAUGAUAUUUUUGAAAUAAAAAAGAUUGCUUAGAAAAGAAAUAAUUAUAGAACUUAAAUAUAAUACAUGCACUCUUAUGGUAAAUAAUAGAGUUGUUACAAUUUAGAAGGUGUUUUGUCAGUAUUUGACUUAGUUUCAAGUCUCAAUGCAGGUAUUUCUGUCCUUAAUUAUAUCAGUGCAUCUAUUCUGUCAAAAUUAUUUUUGUGAUAAUUGAGAUGGAUCUAGAUGAAAAUCAAAAUAAAUUUUAACAACACUUUUAAGAAUGAAAAAAUUCCCAGCUAUCUUGAAAAAUUGCAAUGGGCUAUAAUUGAUUUAAAUAUAAUAUUCAAAGCAUUGUCUUGCUUCCAAUCCAAUUUUCUUAGAUUUCACAUUUGUUUAAAAACUAAAUAAAAUUUAUAAAACCAAAUAGUUUUUGUUUUCAAACCUGUCCAGAAAAAAAAAAAAGAAUGUCUAGGAGGAAAUUAUACAAAUUCUUGAAGAAUACUAAAUCCGCUAUUUACUAUUUGGCCCAAAUACUCUUCCUGUUUACAACUAUACAAUAUUUAUUUAAUGCUACAUGUUAAUUAUUAUCUGUCCUUUUGAGGGAGUUAUUUAUUCCAAUAUAAUAUUAUAAAUAGUAUAAUAACAUUUGUGAACAUGCUUUUUUUUUUUAAACAUGCUUUUUUUAUUUUACAUAUGGUUGAUGUUGAAUUUGGUAGUCUGGGUCUGCUACAUCUAUCUUUAAAAUGGAGAGUUAUAAAAAUUAACAACAAUAAUUUUAUUUUGACAUAAACUGUGGUUAGCUAUUUAGGUUAGAUACCUCAAAUUUUCUAAUAUUUGUAUUUUUUGGGCAUAAGGGGGAAAAUACAUCAAAGUGGCAUUUUCAGUAUUUUAUAACUUCUAGACAAACUUUCAGAGGACAGUUUGAAAGAAGAAGUAAACUAACUUUUAAAUUACAUAUAGGAGAGGAAUGAUAAAAUAAAUAAUUAGGAUGAUAAAUAAAAUAACGACACUUUCACAUUUCCAUGUGAAAUUACUGGAUUAGAAAAGAGAUUAAAUUCAGACAUUUGAAUUACAAAAAAGAGAAUUAAUUUAAAUAAAUUCUUAAGCAAUUAAUCCCAGGUCAAAAUAUGAAGUAAAAUAAAAAUGUCCCAUUUGAUUUGAGAAAGAAUACUUACUUCAACAAAUACACGUUUGUAUGUUCUGUGAGUUUCCCUCAUUUAACCUGCCUGUGGGUGAAAAGUCACCCAGUGAGAUAAAAGAGACUCAAUUACAUUUAACUAGAACCUGGUACAAUAGACUUUAUGAAUUUCUUUGGUCCAAACCCAGAUGACUUCCAUGUGCACAGAUUCUAAGGUUAUCAAGAAUCAUUUUUGCUACUUCUUCCUAAAGGCACAUGAGGAGGAGGCACGUUUCCAGCAGAAGUAUCCUCAGUGGGAAUUAGGUCUCCAUUUCUCAUUACCAAAAGUUGUGUUCCUUCUUCAGGGAUCAGAGAUAAAAUGUUUUAAAUCAUAAACAGGAAACUUUUUCAAAAUGCCAAGGGUUUCUGAUCUCAAGAGCUAAGUACUUGGCCAGUGAAAAGAAGCCAUGGGGAAGUGACUGUCUAGUCUCUGUCGUGAAGUAUGUUUCUACACAGCAACGUCAUCGUCAAAAACUCAUACCUCUGAGCACCACUUCUUCCUCCUAAAAUAAAAAUAAGUAUGCUUUCUCUUUCCCUUUUUUCUACUUGGUAUCAUAAAAGUGUCAGACAGCAACCAUACCUGUUUGUUUGUUGUUUUUUAGGGGGGAAAUGCUAUAUUAUGCAUAUAUGAACAUAAUUCACAUAGUUGCAUAUGAUUGAAUAUUUGUAUGCUGAUUUAUAAAUUAUUACCUAUAUUUAAAAACAUAAUUAUAUUGUUUUAAUGCUAGAAAAUUAUUGUAUUCUUUGAGUCUGGGAUUCAUGGAGAAGACUGGUACUAUCCUUUCCUCUGCAUUCAUAUAUCUAACAUUUUUAAUUGGAUGUUGAAUGGACAUGUCAAAUUUAACCUUUACAAAUAUCAAACUUCUCUACUUUCACUCCGAACCUGUUUCCCCUUUAGCCUUCUCAUCUCACAAAUAUUGAUUUUAACUUUCCAGUUUCUUGGGCUAAAAGCUUUGGAGUCAUCUCUUUCUCUCAUCUUUCCAAACUACACCCAAUGAACUAUCCUAUAAUGUUGGCUUUCCUUCAAAAUAUACCCACAGGUGUGAUGUCUCAUACCUGUAAUCCCCACACUUUGAGAGGCCAAGGCAGGAGGAUCACUUGAGGAUAGGAGUUAAAGAUCAGCCUGCGUAACAUGUCAAAAUCCCAUCUCUACAAAACAUAAGAAAAAUUAGCCAGGUGUGGUGGUCUGUGCCUGUGGUCCCAGCCACUG